GCCCCGCCGGGCUGCUGCGCACUUCGCUUUCGAGCCGGACCCGGCACCCAGCACCUACGGGCAAACUCAGAAGAUGAAUCUCUUCCAGUCCAUAACAAGUGCCUUGGAUAAUGCUUUAGCCAAAGAUCCGACUGCAGUAAUAUUUGGUGAAGAUGUGGCCUUUGGUGGAGUCUUCAGGUGUACAGUUGGCUUGCGAGACAAGUAUGGCAAAGACAGAGUUUUUAAUACCCCUUUGUGUGAGCAAGGAAUUGUUGGAUUUGGUAUUGGAGUUGCUGUUGCAGGUGCUACAGCCAUUGCAGAAAUUCAGUUUGCAGAUUACAUUUUUCCAGCAUUUGAUCAGAUUGUUAAUGAAGCAGCAAAGUAUCGUUACCGCUCAGGAGAUCUGUUUAAUUGCGGAAACCUCACUAUCAGAGCCCCCUGGGGUUGUGUGGGACAUGGUGCGCUGUAUCACUCUCAAAGUCCAGAAGCUUUUUUUGCUCACUGUCCAGGGAUAAAGAUUGUUAUUCCAAGGAGUCCUCUUCAGGCCAAAGGAUUGCUGCUGUCAUGCAUAGAGGAUAAAAAUCCAUGCAUAUUCUUUGAACCUAAAAUACUUUAUAGAGCUGCAGUGGAACAAGUUCCUGUGGAACCCUACAACAUUCCUCUGUCUCAAGCUGAGGUGCUGCGGCAAGGCAGUGAUGUGACACUGGUUGCUUGGGGCACACAGGUACAUGUGAUCAAAGAAGUUGCUGUGAUGGCUCAGGAAAAGCUAGGGGUGUCCUGUGAAGUUAUUGAUCUGAGGACCAUCUUACCCUGGGAUACAGAGACUAUUUGCAAGUCAGUGGUGAAGACCGGGCGGUUGCUGAUUAGCCAUGAGGCUCCCUUGACAGGAGGAUUUGCAUCUGAAAUAAGUUCCACAGUUCAGGAGGAAUGCUUUUUGAAUUUAGAGGCUCCUAUUUCAAGAGUCUGUGGCUAUGACACUCCUUUCCCUCACAUCUUUGAGCCUUUCUAUAUCCCAGACAAAUGGAAAUGCUAUGAUGCCCUUCGAAAAAUGAUUAACUACUGAGCAGUAACACAGAGAUGAGAGGAAAAACAGGAAAAUACAGAAGUCUUCAAAACUGUUGGCACUUACUGAAAAUGAUUUUGGAAUUCACAUAGCAGACUGUUUUCUCUGAACUCAACUAUCCUUAGUAUUUAUCUGUUAUUCAGGAAGUUCAAAUCCUGAUUAAUUAUGAAAUUGGUGAUGGACAGGUGAUUGCUAUAAUAAGUAGUGUCAGGUGUAUUUAAAGAUAUUCCAGAUGCUUUAUGAAUGUUACCUAUUGCAGUGGUUCACAAGGUCACAUCUCUAAAAUUAAUUGUGUAAAUAUUAGAAGCAGGAUUUUAUUCAAUAAAACAUAUUAUACAGA